AUGGGAUACAACCCCAUGGAUUCCACGGCGGGUCCGUUGGACCCAAACAUCGAUCCCCAGCUUGGUCAGCUGAUGGAUACCCCGUUGGACCCAAAUAUCGAUCCCCAGCUUGGCCAGCUGAUGGAUACUCAGCUGGAAAUAAAGUCUGAGCCCGAUGAGGCCUCAACCGCCCCGACUGGUAUCGCAGAUGGCUUGCCAGAUGCGUCUUCUUGGCCGUUUGAUGAUUGUUGGAACAGCAUCCGUCCAAUCGAGCCUACAUCCUGGGCUCCCAAUGCAAAACUUUGCGACUGCCCCGAGCACUCUGAAACUACUUGGCCGGCCGAGCAUGCUGUUCUUGUGAAACUCCCAAGUGCCUGGAGAUUCUGUUUAUUUACUGACACCUCCCCAAUUCAGUUCAUUCCUGACUGUGCAAAGCGAUGCCCUUACUGUCCCUGGAAGACUGAAAGGUUGGCGAAAAUCGGAAACCCGGCACCAAUGUUGCGUCGACACAUUCGCCAAUAUCACCUAAAGGAACAUGGCGAUGAAUUCCCCGGUAUUACUGUUGAUCCGCUUCGUGUGUCUGUGAGAACGGAGUACGUUAGUUACGAACGAACUCAAGGCAGCCGUCCGAAAGUCGACAAGAACACUGAGGAGGCAUAG